UCAGCAUGUUCUGUAUCUGUGGGAGUUUGGACGCUCGUCGCAAUAUCAGUGGAGAGAUAUUACGCUAUUUGCCAUCCUCUCAGAUCGCUUAGAUGGCAAACACUUAACCAUGCCUACAGACUCAUUAUAGCUAUAUGGAUUGGCAGUCUAGUUUGUAUGACACCUAUUGCCAUUUUGAGUCAGCUGCAGCCGACUAAACAGGGUAAUAAAAAAUGCAGAGAGAACUGGGCCUCUCUAGAUUACGAAAGGGCGUAUAACAUAUUUUUGGAUGCUAUUUUAUUGGUCAUACCGUUACUAGUGUUAGCCGUAGCGUAUUCAUUGAUAACAAAAACACUAUGUAAUGGAAUGAGAACUGAGAAAUACAUGAGAGAUAACAAUGUUCAAAGCGCCGUGAACCUCUACGUGAAUCUUCAAGGCAUGAGUUCGACGCGUUCGUGCCUGAAAGUCCCGGCUCGGCGAUACUCAAGUAGGCAGAAAUUACAGCAGAAUUGGUCUCAGGACUCGAGCAGUCCAAUUUCAGGAUCAAGAAAGCUGACAACCGGCUUGAGGAGGACAAACGCCGAACGCAGUCUCCUGAACAAAAGACGAGUAGUCAAGAUGCUCCUGGCCGUCGUGUUGGAGUUUUUCAUCUGCUGGACGCCAUUGUAUGUUAUCAAUACCGUGGCUCUUUUCAAUUCUUCCGUCAUUUACAAUAGCAUAGGAUAUAGCGGUGUUAGUUUCUUUCAGCUGUUGGCUUACACUUCGAGUUGCUGCAACCCCAUUACUUACUGCUUCAUGAACUGCAGCUUCAGAAAGUCGUUCUUGAACCUCUUCAGAUGCCUGAAGAGAUACAAGGGUUCCGCUAAUUUAGGCCUGACGGGGAGUGAGAUAAAUUUGGAGACUAAGUGGACAAACAGACUUUCUGAACCUGCUUUAUAAUCUGGCAGAGAUUUGUUGAUAUCUGUCAAUGGUAACCCCAACUUGAUAUUAUUGAACGAGUAGGUUUUUAUGUGAAAACAAGUUGAC